CGGGCGCGGCGCAUCCUGGGCACGGAGCGCGGGCGCGGCGCGGGGCACGCCGGGGGAUGCAGUCCCGGGGAUGCGGUGCCGGGCAGCCGCCGAGCCCUGAGCGGAGGCCGGGACGGCAAUGAGCGCUGCCGCCGCCAAGCCCAUACUUUACAGCUAUUUCCGAAGUUCCUGUUCUUGGAGAGUGCGAACCGCACUGGCUCUGAAAGGAAUUUCGUAUGACCUGGUACCAGUGAACCUCAUUAAGGAUGGAGGACAGCAGUUUUCUGCUGAAUUCAAGGCACUGAAUCCAAUGCAGCAAGUCCCGGCCUUGAAAAUUGAUGGAAUCAUCCUUUCUCAGUCACUAGCUAUAAUUAAUUACCUAGAAGAGACACGUCCUAACCCCAGGCUCCUGCCCCAAGAUCCAAAGAAGAGAGCCCAAGUCAGAAUGAUCGCUGAUCACAUUGUCUCUGGCAUUCAACCACUCCAGAACCUGAGUGUCCUGAAACAAAUAGGGGAGAAAAAAAUGGAAUGGGCUCAGAACUGUAUCACCUCUGGCUUUCAAGCACUGGAGCAGAUUCUGCAGCAGACUGCUGGACGCUAUUGUGUGGGGGAUGAAGUUUCCAUGGCUGAUCUGUGUUUAGUGCCUCAAGUUGCCAAUGCUGAAAGAUUCAAAGUGGACAUGGGUCCAUAUCCCACAAUAACCAGAAUAAAUAAAGCUCUCUUGGAGUUAGAGGCCUUCAAAAUAAGCCACCCUUCCCGGCAGCCAGAUACUCCUGCAGAGCUGCGAGCUUGAAGCCUUUCUACUCAUUAAAUCUAGAAAGCUGGCAUGAUAAAGAAGAUAACACCUCCAAUUUGAGGAGGACUUCAGUGCCAAUAGGAAUCCCUAGUACUGUUGUUUCUCUUUCAUCUGGGUGGGAAAGACAGAAGACCUGGAAACAGUGUGGAUGGCUUACAGGAGCUGUGCCUGUGCUGGAACACUUGCAGCUACUCAUUUUUUCUAUGCAGUCUAUCUCCAUGAAGCAGAUUAAAGCAGAAGUAUCCAUUA